CCUAUUCAAGUAUUACCAACAACUCAAAGUGAAAGUGGACAUUGAUCUUUCGACAUUUUACCAACACGAUCAGCGUUCGCACAUUUAUAAUAAUUGUUUUAGACAUGAUUAUUUAGACUUAUUGUGUAUUUGAAGAUGAACUUGUCUCACUCUCUUUUGAUGUCAAUACUGCUGCGCAUCUCUUAUGGGUUCACAGUGAAGGGUUCAUCAGGUCCUCUGGUUGUUCCUCUGGGAGGUUCAGUUCUUCUGCCCUGUUCUGUUGAUUCACUCUCAUCACUGAAGGAUCUGGAGGUGGAAUGGAAAAGAUCAGACUCACAGACUCUCAUUCAUCUGUAUCAAGAUGGAGAUAUUAGACCAGAUUUCCAGAAUGAGGAUUAUCAUGAUAGAGCUCAUUUCUUCACUGAGGACAUUAAACAGGGAAACUUCUCUCUCCUGUUGAAGAAUGUGAGACAAGAAGAUGAAGGACAAUACACAUGUACAGUUCACAGUGGACAAGAGUCUGGUGAAACUGUGGUGGAGAUUAAAGAUGUUGAGCGUCUGAUAGUGUCUGGAUCAGAUCAGUCUUUAUCAGUGUAUGUGGGUGAAGACGUGACUCUGAACUGCUCUGUGGACUCUCACAUCCCAACUGAAGACAUUGAAGAGGUUUCAUGGAAGAAAAGAGUUCAAGAUAAACACAUCACAGUUCUGCUCUAUGAAAGCAAUACAACUCUAUUAGACGCAUCAGAUGAGCGAUACACAGACAGAGUUGAGUUCUUCAGUGAUGAAAUCCACAGAGGAAACUUCUCUCUCAGACUGAAGAGAGUCAGAACUGAAGAUAAAGGACUGUACAUGUGUCAAGUGUUUGCUGGACGAUUCUCAGACAACACGACUGUAAUACUGGAACAAAUGGGUUUCUCUUCUUUACACAUAAUGGUGUUGAUUCUGUGUAUUUCUGCAUGUGGAUCUGCUCUUCUCUUCUGUUCUCUCAUCUACUGCAGAAACAACACAGGGUUCCGUGUGGAAGAUUCUUUUAUGGUUGAUGGGGAACUUUCAGUGGUUCUGCCCUGUUUCAUUGAUCCACAUUUAAUAACAGAGGGUCUGAAGAUAAAAUGGAGAAGAUCUGGUUUAAAGAGUCCAGUGUGUGUGUAUGAAGAUGGAUCAGAAGUCCAGCAUGAGGAUUAUCAUGAUCGAGCUCAUUUCUACACUGAGGACAUUAAACAUGGAAACUUCUCCCUCCUGUUGAAGAAUGUGAAAAAGGAAGAUGAAGGACAAUACACAUGUACAGUGAACAGCAGACUGAGACCUGUGUUUUCAUUCAGUGUGAAUUUGAAAGAUUUUUAUGAUUCAUGGUUCACAGUGGUCUAUUCUUGUGAUCUGGUUGUUCCCCUGGGAGGUUCAGUUCUUCUGCCCUGGUUUAAUAAAAAACCCUUUGAAGGAGAAAUAAAGAAGGUGAAAUGGAGUAAAUCAGGAUUAGAGAAACCAGUCUUUGUGUAUCAAGAUGGAGAUAUUAGACCAGAAGUCCAGCAUGAGGAUUAUCAUGAUCGAGCUCAUUUCAUCUCUGACGAUAUUAAACAUGGAAACUUCUCCCUACUGUUGAAGAAUGUGAGACAAGAAGAUGAAGGACAAUACACAUGUGAAGUUUACACACAACAUGGAUAUUUGUGUGUCAGCACAAAACUGGAACCAAGACUAAUAGAUUCAGGUUUCCUUCUUCAGAUGUUUCUGGUCUUCUGUCCAAAUGUCAUCAUGUGUUUUGCUUUUGUCUUCUGGGGUGUUUCUGAAGGAUCUGUGAGUGAGACGGUCUGCUGUUGUGCUCUUUAUAUUCUCAGACCUCUCCUGUUACUCUGGACCGCUCCAUAUAUGAAUGAUUUUAAAGACAGAAAUAAAACACUGAUGCUGAAGUACACUUAUGUUUCAGACUAUUUUGUUUUGACAGCUGUUGUUUAUUCAGCUCUUUUUGUCAAUACUUGGCAGAAACUUCUGAAUUUUGCAGUAUUUGACAGAGUCUUGGUAAUAAUCCUCUAUGUUCUCAUGUUUGUGUGCUGCUCCUGUAAAGCCGUUUACAUUUUAGCAGCAGAGGUUGGAAACAGAAGUGGAACAAUAAUUAAAAUAGUUGAUAUUGUUGCUGAUUUUACCUUCGAAAUUCUGCCGACAUUACAAUUCAUUCUUCUGUUCUACACAUUUGCAUCCAGAGGAGGAAUCAUCAUUGUUGCCAUUUUACCAGUUUUACUAACACUGACGAAUGAAAGAAUGUUUCUUAAAUGUUAUCGACACUUCCGCUGGUCACGUGAGCUCAGGAGAACAGUGAUGCUCAUUGUCACAUUAGGGAUUAAUGCACUUAUGAUCGGCUUCUUCAUCUUUACACUGGAAAAUAAAACAGAUCCUGUUGGAUGGGCGUGUGUGAUGGUGUUUCUGCAGAUACUCUGGACAGUUUUCGGAUUCACAGAUCAGAGUUUUUUUUUCUCUAUUGAUCUGGAUUUUCAUCGUUUUGUCUCUCUGUAUGUGUUUGGAUCAGUUGGUGUUGUUUUAAUCGGCGCUUUUUUUCUGAUAACAGAACUGAUACUGAAAACAGUUAAUGGCGAGCGUGCAGUGAUGGAUCUGAGAUUUAUUCUCUUUCCCUCUGAAUGUUUCUUCUUAUUGUCUGUGGUGAUUUCAGGACAACUUUCAUCCAAGAUUCAAGCGUGUCUGAAGUCUUGUCAGACGAGAAUGAGAACUUUAGCCAACAGAUCACAGCAGGACCAGAAUCAACAUUCACCGGAGCAGCACGACCAGGUGAGUCUCCAGCUACUGGAUCAGAACUUACCACAACAGAACUGAAACCUCUCAUGAAGAAUAAAGAUCAGGAUACUGAAGAACAUAAAGAAACUCAGCCUGAGUCAGUGAUCUCACAAACAUGACAGAAGAUGAUUCAUAAACACUGUUAGAUCUCUGAGCUGAACUUUCCAAACAUUAUGGAGGUCACUGUAUAUGAUCAGAGUUCAUGGUUUGAGUCUCAAGUUCACAGUGAUGUCAGGACAGUAUUGUACAGGAUCAAUAAAUCUUCAGUUUCUGGAUCAUUUCCACCCAUACUGAUCAUUUCAGUGAGAGAUUAUUAAUAUUGUAAAUAUUUAAGCACGUGUCACAACACUGCACUUGACAUUCAGGUUUGAAUCUGUUUGCAACACUGAAUCUGUAAAUGUUUUUUAUGUUAAGAUGCUGAAUUAUUAAAAAUGUCUUCUAGAUGAAAUAGAUUGAACGUUGUGGAUUUUUUCGUAUGAAUUCAUUUAAACACAAAAUAUAACUGAACGCAUUUUGUUCACUAUAUCAAUUCACAUUCAUUUGUGGAGAACUUUUCACAAUGCAUUUCAAAGCAGCUGUACAGAAAAUGUUUAUUUGUUAUCAGUCAGAAUCAGAUCAGUCUUUAAUUCAUAUCAAGUGUGUUUGUAAUGUAGUAUAAAUCAAAAUGAAUGUCCGUUUUAUAGCAAUACGAUGAUCAUAAAGGUCAUGAUUCUGCUUUCUUGGACAUGUUUUCCUUAGUCAAUGCUUUCCUGUAGCUCAGUGGAAAGAGCAUGAUGUUAACAAUGACAACAUCGCGAGUUUGAACCCAGGGGAUUGCACAUACUUAGAAACAAAUGUAUAGGACAAUGCUUUGGAUAAAAGAGUAAAUGUAAAUGUAGUCUUGUGGCAGGAUCAUGACAGACUCACGUGUUUAGUGUAGAGAAAGACAUGACAUUGUUUGUUUUGACAUGCCAUACACUCGCUCCUGCAUUUAAUGCCCUUGUGUUUGCUGUCCUGUGCUGACUCAUUCUGACUUGUGACCUUGCCUUAUGUUUGAUUAAAACUUACCAUGUGAUUA